GUGUUUCCCUUAGCAACCAUCGUCAACGAAUUCCGCCAUCAUAGCAAGUGCUUGUGAACGGUGGUGUCAGUCAGGCCUAAACUCCACCCGCGGACGGGAUUUACUACCACGAACUAAUCAAGUGCCACAAUGCCACGCCCACGAUCAGCUCGGUCAGAUGUGAGUGACCCUGACAUGGAGGGUCUACAGGAGGGGGAGCUACUGAAGCUGCAGAGGCAGUACCGCAUCAUGGAAGGUGACCGUGCGGCCUACACAGAGGAGUCCACCAACAUGAUCCGGAAACAAAGAGCAGAGAUGAAUCAACUGGAAAAGGAAAAACAGGAACUGCUGAAGGAACUUCGUCUUGCUGAAAGUCGAAGUAACCAAGUCCGUGAUGAGGAGCAUACAGACACACUGGUGACCUUGGUGGAGGCUAAAGAUGACUGUGAUGUAGAAAUCAAGGAGGAGAAGCAAAAUCACGUUGAACUUGAUGCUAAGAUCCGAGAAUGGGAAAAAAAGAUUCGCAACCAGCAUAAGAACAUGGGGGGUGUUCACAUGAGUGCCCAGCACACCACACAGACACAGAAGACAGUCCGCGUGCUGGAGAACAGAUUGGACCAGUCCAAGAAGCGAUUCAAUGAUUCCCUGUCUGACAACGCCAAACUGCGGGAUGAAAUCCAGGGACUGAGGACGGAACACAAAAGGUUUGAGAAUCUCUACAAGAAACUAGAGAAGGAGCUGCGCCAACUGCGGCGGGAAAUGGAGGGGAUCCAGACUUCCACAGAGGCCUACGAUACCAGGGAUGACGCCCAGGCCAAGAUGCUUGUAUUGAAGGACAAGGCAGAUAAAGACAUGCAGCACCACAAUGCAGAGAUGAAGGAGCUGGUCCGCAUCAUCGACCAUGACCGCAAGCUGAAGGAAUUCAUGGGCAUCAAGGGCCAGGAAAGACAGGAAGAUCCUCAGCUUGUUGCAUGGAGACAGAAGAAAGAGGCGCUGGAGGCUGAGCGUAAGAAAGAGAGUCAGGAAGACUCCGUGGAGACGUAUGAGCAAGCCUUCGAACUCAUCAAGGAGAUGACACAGGAGGAUGACCUGGACCUUCUCGUCAACAGAUUCAUUGAAAUUGAAGACCGUAACUUUGCUCUCUUCAACUAUGUCAAUGAACAAAACAAUGAGAUUGAGAAAUUGAACGAUGACAUUCAGCUAAUCAAAGAUGAAAUUGAGAAGUUCAAGGCCGAGGGUAUUGACCUUGAGACACAGAGGAAACACAUCCUGAAGAACUUGGAAGAAAAACAGAAUGAAGCCUCUCAAGAUGCGGAUGACAAUGAGCAGAAGUACAAGGAGGUGUCUAAAAUCCUGGACCAACUGAAAGCAGGUAUCGACUCACUCUUCAAUAAGAUCAACUGUGAGAGGUCAGCUAUUGAUGACAUGCUAGGUGCGGCGACAGGGGUGACGGAGGGCAACAUGAUACAGUACCUAGGCAUCAUUGAACAGAGAACAAAUGAACUGUUGGCAGUUCAGGCCUAUAACAGCACAAAGGUCCAGGACAGAUAUGAAACCAAGGGUCACGGAUUGCUGGGCGAGGGACCAGCAGCGCCACAGCAACAACUUCCUGUCAUGCCCCCCACUGUCGGUGAUGAAUACGAGAGUGAAGGAAGUGAGGCUGAUGAUGAUGAGAUGCGACCUAUGACCCGUGUGGAGCUGCAGGAUCGGGUGAUGAAGACGGUACGGAAGCGGGAGUCAGCUGCCAGGAAGGAGGGCUUCAAGUACGACCUGUCCAAUGCCCGGGAGAAGGCCCAGAAACAGCAGAAGAAGGAUGGCAAGAAGUAACCACAAGACGACCACUGUUGUACAUAGUUGUGUUAAGAUAUAUGUCUGUGAUAUGGACCUCACUGUUCUGGGGGGAGCAGCAUGGCUGCCUGACGAUAGAUCCUAUUAACAGAAUGGGUUGACAUUUACCCAUCAAGUAACUAUAUUAAUUGUUUGUACAGCCGGACUGUGUUGCCGGACUGUGUUACACCUCGAGGUGGAGGAGGAGGACUGGAAUGUAUCACAAGCUUGGAGUGCUGCAUCAGAAUGUGGCCAAACUCUUCUAAUUCACAUUCUACUGAAGCGAUGACUAGAGGGAAUGUGUAGAAUUCAAUACAAAUAAAUUUACCACUUAAA